CCUUGAUAUCCCACGUGUGCGUGUUUACAUCGCCCCUCAUUUCAGGGUUUAUGCUUAGAGGCUUCAACAACAGCAACGGCUUCAGUCUAUGAUUCCUUGUGACUGCCGAGACUUCUUCCAUUUGAUCGGUUACCGUGCUUGCUGCGUGUACUUUCAAGGCACCUGAGGCUGCGUCACCAAACAAGUGAAGUCCCUAGCAGGAGUAGGAGUACUGAAGCUGGCUGGGACGCGCUAGCCAUGCGUCAUGCCUCGUAGGAAAUUGGGACGUUUGACUAGAAAAAAUAAGAGGGAAGCUAAGACUCGGACUGUUACUGAGCAACACCCACAAUGCUUUGUUAUCAUCAGAGGCAAUGCUGGGCCAAGUCUCAGCAAACUAAUGCAAGAUUUUCGAAGUGUGAUGGAACCCAACACAGCCUCCAGACUCAAGAACACCAAAAGGAACACACUCAAGGACUUCGUAGCCAUAGCAGCCACCCUACAUGUGACACAUUUGGUCAUCUUUAGUCAGACAAAAUUGGGCAUGUACCUCAAGCUGUGUCGGCUGCCCCAUGGACCUUCGCUCAUCUUCAGGAUAAAGAACUUUGCACAGUGUAAAGAUGUAUUGUCAACCAUUAAGAAGCAACACACCAAUCCUGGCAUGUAUCUGAUGGGACCAUGCCUGAUGACUAAUCUACAGCCUGAAGAGGGGGAUCUACAGCUCCAGCUUGCAGCCAAGAUGUUCCUCGACAUGUUCCCUACCAUCACUCCACAUGAGGCUAAAACAAAAUCCAUACAGCGGUGUUGCUUGAUACACUUUGAUGCUGAGGAAGGAGUCUUUGAUUUUCGUCACUAUGCCAUCCAGGUUGUCCCUGUUGGGCUCUCAAAAGCUGUAAAGAAAUUUAAAAAAAGGAAGUUACCAGACCUCAGCAAUUUUGCUGAUGUGUCUGAGUAUAUGACCAAAUCUGGUAUGCUGUCUGAGAGUGAGGCAGAAGAUGACCCCUCAGCUCAUGUCACAGUGCCACCCUCCAAAAAAGCAUCAAAGAAACUUGGCCCACAGAAGUCAUCAGUAAGAUUAAGUGAACUGGGCCCAAGGCUGACCCUCGAGCUACUGAAAAUUGAAGAAGGGUUACGAGGAAAAGUAUUGUACAGCAGCCUAUACAUCAAGUCUGCAGAAGAAAAGUUGGAACUGGAGAAAAGAAGGAAAGUUAAAAAACAACUUAAAGCAAAGAGGAAAAAAGAACAGGAAGAAAAUGUUGAGGCUAAGAAAAAGAAGAAAGAGGAACAUAAGAAGAAGUGUCUUGAGGGGAUGAGUUCAAAGAAAGAAAAUGGAGGAAAGGUAGAAGCAGAGGAAGAGGAGGAUGAAGAUGAUGAUGCAGAGUAUUUCAGAGAAGAAGUUGGAGAAGAACCAGAUGCAGAACUGUUCCAAAAGAAAGAUGUUUCUCCACACAAAAGGAAAAGGACUGGUGGUAAACCUCCUAAGAAAAAGCUUAAAAGUAAAUAGGUAUAUUAUGCAGGUUAAGGAUCAUAGAGGCCUAACUGUCAUGUAUGAUUAUCUUCUGUAUCAAUGCCAGUGUGAUAAGAUUUUAUAAGCCUGCUGAUGUAACUGGAAUGUGGAACUCAUCAUUCAUGUCAUCUAUCAUUACGGUGUAAAAGUUGAGUCAGAAAGGCAAUUAGAAUUUCACAUCUUUUGAAAGAUUAUAGGUGGAGAUAAGAUUCGUGAAUAAACACAUGAACUUGAGGGACAAUGAAUGAUCAUUACUUGAUGAGAAUAAAAUUGAAAUUUAAGAUGUGAGAUAAUUAUUAAGGGAUAGUCUGAGUUGCUUUAUAUUCAUUAAGUUGAAUUACCAACCUCAAGGAAGUCAAGCAUGCCAAUUUGUUUCCCAUGCUGUCAGUAGUUUUCACUCUUAGCUCACGUUUAGGUGUCAAGUUUAGGAAAUAUAGAUGAUAUUCUUAUUGAAUGUUCACUCAUAUGAUGCUUUCAUGUCAUCUUCGAUCCAUAAAAUAGUACCUAUAUGAUAUGUGGGAAUAUUUUAUUCUUCAACCAGUUGUUAUUGGUAUUUUUUCUACUGUAAAUCUAAUUUUUUUUCCUGUAUGUAAAAAGAUUAUUUAUCCAUUUAUGUAUCUUUAUUUUUACUUAUUUAUUUAUUUUAUUUUAUUUAUUAUUUUUUUUUUUUUGUGAGUGAGGAGGGAACCAUCUUCUCAUGUAGUGCAUUCCAUUUUGUAGCUUUUCUGACACCUCUUGCUUAAAACUCCUGAAGUCAAAAGGAUCGAUAGGCCCUGCUUUUGCAGUCCGUAUUCAUACUGAAAAUCAGGAUGGCUUUGUAACCCAUUUCAUCUGUGGCUUGGCUUUAAUGUGAUGAAUAUCUCAUACUUCUCUCAUUCUUAAUCUAUUAAUUAAAUAGAAAAGAAAGAUGGGAGGGGAUGAAUGGAUAGAUAGAGGACAUACACUUUUUCCAAUUGCAAUACAUGUAUUAACAACAUUUUUGGUAAGGGAUUUAAUUUUGUAAUCUCGUAUAAGAAGAACACCUACAAACUUUGUGGUUACAUUUUACAAUUAAAUUGGACAAUAAAGCAAAAUAUACCUG